AUGGAGCGGCCGGUGGCCGCCGCGGGCGGGGACGUGUCCCUGCACAACUUCAGCGCGAGGCUGUGGGAGCAGCUCGUUCACUUCCACGUGAUGCGGCUAACGGACUCGCUCUUCCUCUGGGUGGGGGCCACGCCGCACCUGCGCAACCUGGCCGUGGCCAUGUGCACGCGCUACGACUCCAUCCCCCUGUCCACUGCCCUCCUUGGGGACGCGUCUGACACCAUGUCCACCGGCCUUGCCCAGCGCUUAGCCAGGAAGACCAGCAAGCAGGUCUUUGUCAGCUAUAACCUUCCAAACACCAGCAGCAGCUUCGAGUUGCUGGUAGAAAACCGGAUCAAGGAGGAGAUGCAGGCCUUUCCGGAGAAGUUCUAG